AGGAUCAACUUUCCUCGCUGACCCUGCAGAUUAAUUGACUCGUUGUGCAGUAGUAUUAGCUCGAAGCUGCACAGGACGACUCGUGAAGCGCACAUUUGUAUAGUAAACUAGCGUCACGCGCGGAUUAAUAUGCGUCCCGCUAUCCUGUAGUCUGAUAAGCGAUAAGCCGACUCGACUAUCCGGAUUGUACACUUCGGAUUCGCAUUCGCUUUGAGAAUUUGGAACCCCGGUGAUCUGAUUUUCCCUCUGCGGCUGCACAAGCAUCAGAACUGAAGUUUAUGAUGGCGUCUGUAGGAAUUUCUGCUUCGGUCCCUCCCCUCCUCCCAGGAUCGGAGGGGGAAAAACGGGUGCGGUUGACCUGCCAAGCAAUUCUGAGGCGAGAGCAGGCGGCGCAUCAGGCCCUCUUUGCAGCACCAAGAAGUGCGGUUACCACUCCCACCGCCGGCUUUGCGCGCUCCACGGGGGCAGACAGCAUCUUGUUUGAAGGAGACAUUUUUAUGUCGCAAGACCUCCAGGGGAGGCACCUUGAAGGACCCGGAAGUAGAAACCUCGUCGCUCGUCUCUGCGACUGCCUGAAGCGCGUUUUCGGCCGGACAACUUCUCCUGGAGACGGUAGUACCGAUCGCGUGGACGAUUUGGAUUUCGGUGCUGGUGGUGCCUACAGCGAUGACGAAAAGCUGCUGCAAGAUGAAGUUGAAAUAGAGGAAAAGAUAAGAAUUCAAAUUCGACAGCAGGAGCGCCAAGGCGAUAUUACUCCAGACUACACCACAUCGGCGAGAAGUGGAGCGGACAGCGCGAGGUGGACAGGGAAUGAAAGUAGUGUGGUCAGCUGCGCAGUACAAGUUUCCUUCCCGGACCUAGAUCGCGAGUUGGCCGCGUUGCUAAACGCCUGCCAUUUGAAGCGCAACAACAUUCGCCAAUCCGGAAUCAACACGCCCGCGACCUCCUCCUCACUGCUCACGCAAGAGGGGCAGCUGCUGCGUGCGGUUUUGCGCACCGCAGGUUUGCGGUAUGAAAUUCUGGGAGGCGGCGCCGAACGGGGUGCGAAUGGCGGAAAUAGUAAAACAUGUACCAUCACAACCGAAGAAGAUGUCCGUUACGCGCUGCUGAGUUUGCUCUUCGCGCCUAGCAGGGUCGUUUAUAAUCAUCUUGAGAGGGAAAACGAAAACAAGAUAAAGAAUAGCACGACAAGUAGAACGCUGCAGUUCCCAAAUAAUGUGCUGACGAAGACGAACAAUCUGGUCAACAACCAAUGCCAGCCGGCAUUACAGACUUGGUACCGAGAGCAACUCCGCCAUUGUGUUAAAAAUCGUUGGGACGUAAAUAAAAUUCCGCCGGUCAUUUACGGGGCCAGCGAGCUGAACAGACUGAAGUUUUUUGACCUGAUAUGCAAGAAAAAAACUGUGUAAGUGUAAAUCUGUGAUGCAGAAAAUGCAAAGCAGUUAUACUUGUCAUGCAGGAAGUCCGUCAUAGGCUACUAUCAUACGUGUUUCCACGUACUAGCUGCGCAUGACAGGUUUUUCCUGUAAUGCAAAAGAAACGAAGUUGUGAUGCUGCUCUUCCUACAAGGUUACACUUACACAGGUUUUUUCUUGGAUACCUGAAGAUCCGAAAUAUGCUCGAAACGGGGAACGUGCCGACCAUAGGCGGUAAUCACGAAUUUUUGCUGUACCGGCGCAAGCGGGUCGCUACUGGGAUGCGUGGAGUUGGGGGGGAGGGCUACACCAAGUCAGACCAGCACACGCCCUACGGUUUUUUAUGAAAUGCAAAAGCAUCGUACUAGAAUAAAUCGCAUGACAAAUUUCCUCAGCAUUAGAAAUAAAAUUUGUAAUGCAGGUUUGCCUUAAGAAAGAGAUUUGUAAUGCAUUCCUGCGAUUACUACGAGUGCGAUACUUUUGCACAGGAUACUUUUCCUUUGUCAUCGACCUCUCCGCCGGCUCCAGUUCCCUGAUUCCGCUCGCCACUAGGAUAUCCAGUGCAAGCGUGUCUGGGUCUGGAAACUUGUGAUGCUAAAAUGUGCAUGAUGAAAACACUUCCGAAUACAGUCCAGCAUGACAACCUCUCAAAACGCUCUCUCUUAGGCAAUCUGCAUGAGAGACUGCGUUUUUGCAUGACAAAAGAGGCUCUGACUUUUGUUGGUUAUGCAUUACAGAUUUCCCAGGAAUGUAGAGCUAGCAUUACAAGUUCCAACCUUGUUCCAGGCCCAGACAUUUUUGCAGUGCAUAUAGGACGGUGACCGACUAUUAUUCUCGCGUAAAGAUGAUGCCCCCCGAAAGUAACGAGACACGACCUCAGAGCAAUCCCCUGACAACUUUCAUCGACGUGCACGAAGCUUCUGGCGGUAGUGAUUUGCUAUUUUCCGCAACGACGAGAACGACUUCUGAAGGCAGUUUUUUGGGUAGAAGUAAUGUUGUGCAAAAAGGUUCUGACCGCCUCCACCAGCAUGGAGAGGACCCUUGUUCGGAGCAGCCCUCCCCGGCCCCGGCAGAUUUUUCUUUGGUCAAAAAGUACCAAAAAGCCGUUUUAAAGGAAGGGCGCGCGGCUGGGCUGCUCGCCGGCUUUGUAGGUGGAGAGGAAGUUGUACUGGAGGGAGCAGCUGAUGGGGAGCAAGGCCAGAACAAUAAUAUCCUGUGUAAUAUUAAAACGUGACACCCAGCACGACCGAAUACUUUUUCAUGCUAGUCUGCAUGCCAAAAGUUAUGUUCCUCAUGCGUAGGUAAAUGCGAAGCAUGUGGCUAGUAUUGUUGUAUUCAUUUAAGUUGUCAUGCUAGAACCAGGAGAAGGAGAAGCUGUAGCUGAUCGACUUCUUAUGCAGCUGCACUGGCGAAGCGCCGCUAGCGGUCUAACACUCCGAGCCCUGAGUAGAACUUGUCAUGCGCGGCACACAAAGCAGUCUAUUUAUGCCAUGCGCAACACGACGCAAAACUUGUUGAUUUGUGUAGCAAAAUUCCUAUCCAUGUAUGAGGACUCUAGGGUUGGGGACGACGUUUUCCCUCAGGAUAAAGAAGGGGCGUGGAUGGUCCAUCGAGGUUGAUUCUUUUGAGGAAAUAGCCACGGUUGCGGCGGAAAAAAUGGUGAAGGACCAGCACGAAAAUAAAGGCACUGCAAUAUUAGGAGCCACCAGUGCAAAAACAUCUGCGCUUGAUGUGAGCCAACCGCAGCGCAGCUCUGCCUUGAAGUCGGUUCCACUUUUGCUCGUCUGGGAACGGGAUUCGAUGUUUCAGGAGUAUCACACGGAAAAACACGACUAGGCAAUCACGGAGGUUUGCCAUGUAAAACUAGAAGUCAAAAAGUGAGGAGCAAUGUAUAAAUUUAAAUGAGCAGGAGAACUACUACACUACCAAGGCGCACCAGGCCGUUGCAGUGCGGCGUGGUUCAUCUAGUGCAGAUGUAGUAUGCAAGACAGAAGCUUUUUUUGUAGGUUAUUCAUCCCUUCUACUGGGAGUUUCUCUAUCGCGAGCUUUCAUGUUUGCAUCAAAGAACAGAAAGACAGAUUCUUUUUUACCCGCUUUUUUGUUUUUCAGUGUGAUACCCGCAUCGGUGUGUUUGCAGAAAAGAUCAACAGACUCUUCGACACGUUCCCCACAAGCGUGCUGCUCUGCGACAUCUUGCUAGUAUCGAAAGGAAAAAACCCCCCUCCCCAUAUCAAAACGGAAUUUCUGAUGCUGGAUUUGUGUACACAAAUCACUUUUGUAUUGCUGGAAGGCAUUGCGGCCAGAUACCCAGCCUAGGUAGAGGCGUUUGGCUCUAGUUGUUCAGCAUGACAAACGGCGCCGCUUUAGGCCCAACAGCAUGACAAAACGCCUCCAUAAUGGGGCGAAAGCCUCUGCCCUCGUCUUCUUGCAACAUAAAUGCGAUUUGUGACCUCAAAUCGGCAACGCAAAUUUUCGGAAGCAUGCCUUUUCAAUAUGGGGAGGGGGGAUUUUUGUUUACGAUAGCUAGCGGGAGGUGAUCAGAGCUGCAGUAAAACUGCAACUGCUUCGACCAGAAUAAAUGGGCAGAAGAAGAAUUUUUCCGAAAAUUUGGAAGUUGGAGCCGAACACAGUGAUGUUUCAUCGUGGUCCACAGGAGCCCGUGUUGACUACCGCUCCUCAUCUGCGGCGCUCCAAGAAGCAGUAGACGACGACGCGCUUUUUGUGCAGGCCAUCGGCGCGAAUUACUGUAAAACCGAGCCGGUUUUACUCGUUUCCGGUUCUGUAUGGAAGUGUCAGGAUUGAAAUCGACAAAGCUGAAAAAACUUGUAAUGCAUAAAAUCGAUAACGAUACCAAUUUGUAUUUGAUCUACAGUAUCUAGUCGGCGCAUGACAAAUUUUGUCCGUCUCCGUACCGGAAGCCAGUUGGUCAUGCUGUUUAGAGCAAAGGGGCUCCCCUCUGUCAUGCUAAUCAGCAGCCCAAGGCCCGACCCUUCCCAGCACUACAAUCUGCCUCCCUUGCGUCCUCAGCAAUACAGGCAAGUUUUGCGUUGCAUUUUAUGCAUGACAAACUACUUGUUUCAAAUUUGACGAUUUCGAUCCUGACACAUCCAUACUCUGUGUCAUCUGGAUCUGCUGGUCACGGAGUAGAAGUCGCAGAUCAUGCGGAGAAGGCGGUGAUAUGAACUGCAAAUAUGGAUGAGUGCAGGAGUUUGCCAUGCAGAUUUUGAAUGCUCGUGCUCCGCGAGACCUGGGAUGCAGACUAUCGUAGCAUCACAGGUUUAAUAAAACUUGGAAAUAGGCUUUCAUGUCGCAAGGCAAUGCAUGAAAAUUAAUAUCCCGACGUGUGAGAAAGAGAAAUACCGUUUCAGCUUGGCCAAAAACCAGCAUCCUGUCUGUGCUAGUAGUAGUACCCGCGCAAGACAAAUCUUCCUGGGACCUAGACCUACAGGACGCUGCAUCAGAAGUUUCAACCGUACGGACAACAUCCAGGAAUAUUUGCAGUGCAUAUUGCGACGUGAAGAACAAAAACAAUCUUUCCCACGAGAUCUCCACCACCGCAGAGCGAACCUACCCACAGCAGUUUAUCAAAUGCAAAUAUGUCAGGGUCUGGAAGAGUCAUGCUGCUUUUGCAUGACACAGAACGUCUGGCAUGGAAGCUCUAGCAUCACAGGUUUCGAGAAGCUUCCGCAAAAAUGCCGAAUCUGCAUGACAAAUGACCUACUCUGGUGACAGCAAGUGACACCAGCUUUUGCUGCUUAUGCAGGAGAGAUUUUGACAUUGACAUGUUGCGAAAUGCGCAUCGCAAGUUUGCACUCUUCCAGACCAAAACACAUUUGCAGUUGAUACAGUUCACAUCAGUGAAGGAGUUUCUGGAGUUUUUCCCCGGCUUGCGGCUGGCAAAGGAGUGGACGGAGAGCGAAUUUAUCCGGCUUGAAAAACUAAGUACGUACUUACCCACACGACCCGAAUUGUGUAAGUAUUUGUUUCCGCUACGAUUUAUUGUUCAUCUUCUUACAUGUUUAUGCUGCCCAUCUUCAUGAGAGGCACUCUUUGUCUGGCCGUGUUUAUUGUAGUUCCAAAGUUCAACUUGUCAUGCUCUAGCACUCAGCAAUCGCUAGCUGUUCACGAUCAUUCUGCUGGGUACCUAACUUAGUCAUGAACGGCUUCAUCUCGCGCUGCUUCACGCUGACUGUCGGGUACUUGCUAUGGGUCGUAUCGGUUUUUUGGUUUCUCAGGAUACGCAUUCUGUUUGAUUUAGCCGCUGAGGCGGAGCGCAAAAGCGAAAAAGCGUCAACCGUGCAGACAACGGCAGGAGGGACGGGCGGACGAAAACUACGAAGCGAGGAUUCAUUAUCUGGCAAUAAAGGAGGUGGACUCUUCGACGACAUUGACCUGCGCAGUAGCGGAAGUAGUAGUUGUGCGACCUCCACUGCUGCCUCUAGCAGUGGUCUAUUUCUCUCCGACCGAGGAAAUAAUUUUUACUCGGGGAAGGUUAUUACAAUGAAAAAUGUCCCCUCCCCAUAUCAAAACGGAAAUCUGUGAUGCAGAUUUGUGGUCACAAAUCAGCUUUGUGAUCAUGCUAGAAGGCAAAAGAUGCGGACUGUAGUGCUGUCUAGCGUGGGAAAGCCUUGCAGCUCCAGGAUGACAGUAGGCAACUGGAAGUGGGAAUAAACAGCAUGACAGAUUACUUACCUGCAAUUGAGGCCGCAGCUUCGUCUCUUGGCCUUCUAGCAAUACACUCAAAUGCAGCAUCACAAAUUGGCGCAUCUUCCGUUUCCGAUAUGGGGUGGGGGCUUUUUUCACUUCGAUAAAGAUGAACAACUCUUACCGGGUUCUGUUGCUGGAAAACAAAACCGGCACCUAUCGAAAGCAGCGAAGGAGGUAGCGGGAGGAAGGUAUAAUUCGCCAGGACUGGUGCCAUACUAGAAUUUUUCGGCGGGAGAGGACUCGAGACACUUUGAUGUGUCCACAUGGUUUUACAUAAUGCCAUUUAGAUUCACAUGCCCUGUUGUACUCAUAGGGCAGCACUAGAUGAGCUCCUUCACUCUUUUAUGAUUUAGAAUUGCAAUUUUGCUUGCCCGCGAAGUAGCGAGGACCGGUCCGCAAGGACUGCUUGGGUUUGCAUUUGUGUCCACCGUCACAACGCUCUCACUUGAGUCAUUUUUGCUUUGUACAAUGUAUGUGACCGUUUUUCUCAUUUUAUUCCAACUGUCGUUCUUUUCCGUGCCUAGCGUUCUUAAAUCAUUGUACAUAAGUGAAGGUAAUGAAGUGGAACAAGCGCGCGACAUCGACACUGCAGUGAAAAGAAGAAGAACGACAGCACGAGGGGCUUUCGGUUGUGAUCGUGCAGAAGUGAUAGUACUUUUAGAUCAUCUACGCAGGAGUAGUUUCAGCAUUUAUUCGCAACUCCCGUUUCAUCAAAUGCCACACUGAUAUCGUAUAAUAAUAAUUGUGCUUGUUUACUAUUCAUCCCAAAAAGAAGGCAGAAGUUUAUUCUACUCAGACGAAAGCUGGGUCUGUCUCUGUGCUGAAGCCACGAUAAGUUGUGAGUACUCAUAU